CUCAACCUCAACCGGUACCCGUAUGAUAGUCGAUGUCAGUCACAGUCACGUCGUAGUCGGAGAUAAAGCUAUCCAUUAAUUACUAUCCUCUACACGCUCUUCGGCGUUAUAAUAAAGUAUCCUCCGACCUGUAGUUUUCAUUAAUCAAUUGAUAACUGCGCUAUGUUUUACCGUAAAGAAGACUGUCGUGUGUUCGUGAAGUGAAGUAGUUUGUAUGCAAUCAGAAAAUGUUUAAAAGACAGCGAUCGAAAAAUAGUGGUUCUCCGACUAUUCAAAACGGCGAAUCGCAACAUUCCCACAUGGAGAACAGUGUCCCUGUGUCACCGGUUUCCAAAAAUACGCUUCAAUUCUAUUGUCAACUGGCCCAUGGUAGUCCGACAGCUUUCGUGUCAGGAUUUUCUAAUGUUCGAGAGCUCUACGGGAAAAUUGGAGAGUGCUUUGAAAUGCCACCAUCUGAGAUAUUAUUUUGUACCUUAAAUACCUAUAAAGUGGACAUGAAGAAAUUGUUAGGGGGCCAAAUAGGAUUAGAAGAUUUUAUAUUUGCUCAUAAAAAAGGUAGACCCAAAGAAGUUGAAUUAACAAAAUCGGAAGACGCAUUAGGACUUACAAUUACGGAUAAUGGAGCCGGAUAUGCAUUCAUAAAACGAAUAAAAGAAGGUUCGGUCGUAUCGCAUAUACCUCAUAUACAGGUGGGUGAUCACAUAGAAAAAUUAGACAAUCAAAAUAUGAUCGGAAAACGUCAUUUUGAGGUAGCAAAAGCACUUAAAGAAAUUCCAAGAGGCGCUACAUUCAUAAUUCGACUUGUGGAACCGUUGCAAAGUGGAUUCGCAAGUAUAUCACCAAAAACAGGUAAAGUCAACGGUAGUAAAAAAGGAUACGGAAGUGGCAAGGAAACACUGAGAUUUAAAGCUGGAGGAAAAGCUGAAAUUCAACAGCAGGACUCUGUAAUGGAUGCCGGUGUUGAAAAAAUAAAUAAUAUAUUAGAAUCAUUUAUGGGUAUUAACGAUUCGGAAUUAGCAACGCAAAUAUGGGAACUAUCAGUGGGGAAACAGAAUUCAAUGGAUUUCGCAGAAUCUGUGGACGAAUCUGACCUUGCUACGUUUGAAUUCACCGAUGAAAUUAUAAUUGAACUCUGGGGGGCGAUCACUGAUGCAAGAGAUGGAAGGUUAAAAUAAAAAUAAAAAAAUCUAUGUGCCAAGAACAAAAUUUGUGUUUUAGACAAAAUGUUGUUUACGACUUUAAUAAACUUUUUUGUUAAUUGAAUAUGUAAUAGAGUAUACUGUUUGUUAAGUUAAAAGUAAUAAAUAAUUUUGGCAGAAUGUGUAAGAUUCAAAUUAAUAUUAUAUUAUGCCAGUCUUAGAUCUAUUUCAUAUUUUUAUCAUGUAAGUUUAAUAAUGUAUAGUUUAUUUUAAAACGUAAAUUGUCAAUAAAGUAAUUAUAUUUGUUAUGUAAGCUUAUUAGUUAUCUAGUUAUGAAAUUGUAUAAUAAGUUAAAUGAGUGUUAUUAACAAAAAGCAAAUUAACUUCACAUUUGUCUUCUACUUCUUAGAGAUUUAUUUCUCUGAUAACCAGUGGCGCACCGAGAAUUUUUCGGGGGGUGUUAGGUUGGGCACCAAAAAUUUUUUUUGGGUCCUUAAACAUAUAUAUAUAUAUAUAUAUAUAUAUAUAUAUAUAUAUAUAUAUAUAUAUAUACACAGGAUGAGUCACCACUAAUGGGACGGAAGAUUACAGCGAAACGGUAAAAAAUUUUAAAUGUAUAGUGUGUAGGUUGAUAAAGGCUACAUUAUUCUUAUAUCAUUAUUCUAAUGAUACAUUAUUCUUAAAAUUAUUCUAACAUAUACAGGAUGUCACAAUAAAGCGCGUCGUUUCAAAGUUAUAUUUUUUCUUAUGGAACACCGUGUAUUUUAUUGGAUUUUCUAAUUGUCUGCAAAAAAUAAGGUAUAGUUUCAUAAGACUUUCCUAUAUCUAUGUACAGAGUGUUCUGAGUUAUGUCGAAUUUUCUUAAAAUGUAAAACUUUAAACGAGGACUUUUAGAAAAAUACGCUACCUGACAAGAGACUUCAGAGCCAGAACUUGGGCCAUUGAAGAUAACACUGGAACCCUGAGAACAAACAGAGAAGACAUAGCAGAGACAUGGAGAUCAUAUUGCAGGGACCUAUAUAAAGAUGAUCAACGCCAAGAGCUUGUUAGCCAAAUCUCUGACGAGGUGGAAGAAGAACCUGAUAUACUUGAAAAUGAAGCAAGACAGGCUAUCAACAAGCUCAAAUAUAACAAAGCACCAGGUCCAGAUAUGAUAACAGCAGAAAUGCUUAAAGCCACAGAAGAAACCGGCGUAAAGUUACUUCAUCUACUUUGUAACCAAAUAUGGCAUUCCAAACAAUGGCCUGAAAACUGGACAAAAUCUACAAUAACGACCAUACAUAAAAAAAGCCAGCUUCCAUAAAUGCGACAAUUAUAGAACUAUCUCUCGUAUAUCCCAUGCCAGCAAGAUAAUGCUACAUAUAAUCAAUGAAAGACUGAAAACAUUCCUUCAAAGAGAAAUUCCACAAGAGCAAACUGGAUUUACCAAAGGUAGAGGCACUCGAGAACACCUGCUGAAUAUAAGACAGAUAAUCGAGAAAUCUGGGGAAUUCAACAUCCCACUAUACAUCUGUUUUAUAGAUUACCGUAAAGCGUUCGACAGGGUCAAGUGGAGACACUUAUGGCGAAUACUAAAAGAAGUAGGCGUACCACAACAUCUAAUUACGCUUAUAACCGAACUAUAUGAACACACUACUGGAUCAGUUAAAGUACUUGACACACUUUCGAACGAAUUUCAUCCAUAACGGGGUGUCAGACAAGGAUGUAUACUAUCUCCACAAUUAUUCAGCAUAUAUGGGGAGUAUAUUGUGCGAAGAGCACUUGAAGGAUGGGAAAAGGGCAUCACAAUAAAUGGUCAUAAACUAAACAACCUACGUUUCGCAGAUGACACAGCCCUUCUUGCAAAUCGUCAAGCAGAGCUGAUAGAACUUAUACGACAGAUCGAAAACGAAAGUCAAAUAUUUGGUCUGCAAUUAAACAUAUCAAAGACAAAGAUCAUGAUAAUGGAUAGACUACACAACAAUCAUCCACAUAUAACCACACUUGACCGGUUCGAGGUUGUGAGCUCAUACUUAUAUCUGGGAUCAUUAAUCACAAACACAGGGUCAUUACAAGAAGAGAUUAAACGUAGAUGUGAUCUAGCAAAAGUUGCCACAGCAAAAAUGACCAAAAUAUGGAAGGACUGUCAAAUUUCAAGAGCGAUAAAGAUGAGGUUGAUCAACUGCUUAAUAUUCCCAAUACUGACCUACGGAUGUGAAUCUUGGACUCUGAGACAAUCGGAGAGAAGAAAAAUAGACGCCACUGAAAUGUUCUGUUGGAGACGAAUGUUACGAAUUCCUUGGACCGACCGUAGAACAAAUAAUUCAAUUUUAAGAGAGCUAAAAGUUAGCCAACGACUCUCUAGUAAAGUCCAUCUCCAACAAUUAAAAUAUUUUGGGCAUAUGAGAGCAAACACAGAAAACAUGGAAAGACUCAUAAUACAAGAAAAGGUAGAAGGCCGAAGAUCACGAGGAAGAUCCCCAACAAGAUGGAUAGAUCAAAUUACAGGAAUAUGCCAAAGACCUAUGCAUGAAUUAAAAGAAAUGACCAGAGACAGAGAUCUCUGGAGACGGACAAUACACGACAUCACGUCGACCACUACACUCCCGCUGGGGGGUCAGGAUUGAAGAGAGAGAGAGAGAAACGAGGACUCAUUCUUAAUUUAUUUAAGCAAUUCUGAUAAAAUUACUCAUACAUCUAAAUAGCUGGAUAUUGGUAGAAUGUCUUUCAUGAUUAAUUAUUAAACAUAUACGGAUGUCCUAUACCUAGGACUGAUAGUUUUGCCGUAUUUUAAAAUUUUAUUAAACGGAAAUUGAUUUCAAGUAUUUAUAAUUAUUGUUACUCUCGAUUUGUAAACCCAUCAUAUUGACAUAUUGUUAUAAAUGAAACCAAUGUAGUUGUAAAUACAUUUUUUGUAAAAAAAUUAAAAUUUUUAUGCCUUUGGAUUUGUAUUCGUUAGGUAUAGGAUAAUUAGUAUUAAAAUAUGAUG